GUCGUCAUAGAUCACAUGUCUGGAACAUUGACCUCAUGACCCGGAAGUGUCUGUAAUAGAUCCUCAAGUUUUUUGCAGGACAGAGCAGCAGAACUUGGUGUUAGAUUGUCAGAGAUGAAUACCCGCGGUCUCAGGUCUCAGUUGAAGGACAGCGUUCCUGUGACUGGUUUGUGUCCGCAGGCCAGUGCGUACGGUGUUCCCGACACGCUUCGCAAGGGGUUUAGCAGUGUGAAAAAUGACCUUGUGCCAAGUCACCCACUGGAGCUGUCAGAGAAGAAUUUCCAGCUCAAUCAGGACAAGAUGAACUUCUCCACACUCAGAAACAUCCAAGGCCUUCAUGCACCCCUAAAACUCCAGAUGGAGUACAGAGCAGCAAAACAGAUUCAGCGGCUGCCGUUCUUGCAAAGCUCCAACAUUGCCCUGGAUACACUCAGAGGGAGUGACGAUAGUAUUGGCUUCGAGGACAUCCUGAAUGAUCCAGCACAGAGUGAAGUGAUGGGAGAGCCCCACAUCAUGGUGGAGCACAAGCUGGGUCUUCUGUGAUGGGAGACGCCCAGCCUAAAUGCACCCCACUUGUGUGUGACCGCAUAACCACAGCAGAUCUUCGCUCACCGCUCCCCAUGUGCGCUACCACUCAGUUUUCUAUGGUUAUAUUUCCUGUAUUUCUAAUAAAAUUCCAUCCUUAAAUGAG